AUGCGCCCGCUCAACAGCAACAUCCCAGCCUUCAAUCUCACCAUCUCCACGCUCCUCCGCCAGCCCUCCUACCUGCUCCCAAACUACACCAUCCCAACCCUCCUCGACCUCCCACACGACCUAGGCCCGCACCUCCUCCCGCCCUCCUCUACCGCAACGCACCCGCGCCCGCCCCCGACUAUCCGUGCCCUCGUCCUCGACAAAGACAACACCUUCACACCCCCCAACACCCUCUCUAUCCCCCCUAGCUACCUCUCCAAGCUACAUGCACUGCGUACCGACCCAUCCUCCCCCUUCAAUCUCACCCAUAACCCGCACGGCAUCCUCAUCGUCUCCAACACCUCCGGCAGCAACCCAGACCAACCCAUCUACGCCGCCGAAGCCACCACGCUCGAAUCCCACCUUCACGACCUGCGCAUCCCCGUCUUCCGCUCCCCACCCCUCCAACACCACCCCGGUGGCCACAAGACACCGCUGAAGAAACCAUUUUCGUUCCCCGCCAUCCUGAAAUAUCUCAUGGCGCGCAACGUCGUCGAGUCGCCUGCGGAGAUAGCUGUGGUGGGAGAUCGCUUGGGCACAGAUGUGUUAAUGGCGAGCUUGAUGGGUGCGUGGAGUGUUUGGGUUCGUGAUGGGGUGACGGAGGGGGCGGAGGGUGAGGGGCGGGGUAGGCAAGGGGUGGAUUAUCGUGGUGUGCUGGCUAAGUUAGAGGCAAGGUUGGAAGCGUAUCUGAGGAGAAGAGGUGUGAAACCUUCGGUGCCGAAGGGAUGGGAGGGAGCGGACUGA